CCGAAAAUGGCAGCUGACAGCGUCGAUUUCGUGUUACGCUUCUGAAGCUGCCGGUAAACAAGGUAAACAGCGGCUAUGGCUGAGGGCAACGAUUGUACGGUUUUACCUACGCGAUGCAGCAGCCCUUCUAUCGACCGCCAGCGUUAUAAUGACGACGGUCACCCGACAGCGUCGUCUGAGGAGCAGAAAAAAGUGGAGAAGUCUGUUGACAGCUUCUUCAAGGCCACUCAAGCCGCGCUAAAGCUACACGAAGGAUGCCCCCGUCUCCAAAGAGAACGUCAUGUCGCCUUCCUUAUGAAGGGACUGAGCCAUUUGCCUCAGGCGUAUCAGGACCUUGAUGCCAGCCGGCCCUGGUUAUGCUACUGGAUCCUGCACAGCUUAGAACUCCUAGAGGUCUCCCUAUACUCAGAAAUGAAGUCCAGCAUCGCUGGCUUUUUGGGAAAGUGUCAGCACCCUGAAGGAGGCUUCAGCGGGGGUCCUGGUCAGCAAGCCCACCUUGCACCAACAUAUGCUGCGGUGAAUGCGCUCAGCAUACUGGGCACUAAAGAGGCUUACAAGGUCAUUAAUAGGAACACGUUGUACAGUUUUCUGCGGCGAAUGAAGCAGCCCAACGGCUCCUUCAUCAUGCACGACGGGGGAGAGGCUGACGUCAGGGGUGCCUACUGUGCUCUGUCCGUGGCCAAACUAACAAACACCUUCACACCAUCACUAUUCGAAGGAACGGCAGAAUGGGUUGUCAAGUGCCAAACAUACGAAGGGGGCUUCGGUGGUGUGCCAGGCAUGGAGGCCCAUGGUGGUUACACAUUUUGCGGUUUCGCUGCUCUGGUUUUCCUCGAGAGGGAGACGCUCUGCAACAUGAACAAACUGCUGCGGUGGCUGGUGAACCGACAGAUGCGCUUCGAGGGUGGCUUCCAGGGCCGGACCAACAAGCUGGUGGACGGCUGCUACUCCUUCUGGCAGGGGGGCGUCUUCCCGCUCCUGCACAAGGUGCUCUUCUCGCUGGGCAACGAAUGCCUGAGCAUGGAAAGCUGGAUGUUUGACCAGGACGCCCUGCAGGAGUACAUACUCAUCUGCUGCCAGGAACCUGCCGGCGGCCUCAUCGACAAGCCCGGAAAGCCCCGGGACUACUACCACACCUGCUACCUGCUGAGCGGGCUGAGCGUUGCACAGCACUUUGGCGGGGGAAUCUUGGGCAGCACUCGAGUCCUCGGUGACCCCAAGAACGAGCUUUGCACAAUCCAUCCACUGUACAACAUCGGCAUGGAAAAUGCUGUGGAAGCCCUCAAGUACUUCAACUUACAGCCCGUGCCCGAGGACGGUGAAAAUUCCUGAGCCCUGCCUCACAGCUGUAGAACGAGCCAAGUUACUUUUGCAAAUUUCCAGGAAGCCGGCGCAGAAGGGAGAGAGUGGCGGUCCGCCAGAAGCGACCGGGAUUUCAGCGACCAACUGCCGCCAAGUAGUCUUUCAGACAUCGGCUGUUACCUGGAGCAGUGAGACCGUUGUCUUUUCACGUGCAGGAACUCUAGAUGCUCCUGUGUACUCCGUUGAUGCUACAGUGGUGUAACCAGUCCACACUUCGGUCUAGCUUGGCAAAGCCUUGUUACCUCAGUUUGACUGGUGUGCAUCUUGGGAUGGCCUGCUCGGCGUGAUUUGCUAACGGCUGAAAAUAUUUAUCAAAUCAAGUUUUGGCAGAAAAAGCAAAAAUUUGAUACUGCCUUAAGGCAAGUUGUAUCAGCGUACAGCCGGUCAGGCAUCUGGCGCUGACUGACGUGGAAGGAAGUUGAAGCAAGAGACCACAACCUUGAAAGAGCGAUCCUUUACACUCUAAAAACUGUUGCACCCUUUGGGGUGUAUAUUUGCCACACAACAAUAAUCGUCAUCUGUCUUGUCUGCAUUUCCUUUCUUUAACGCGACAAGCCCGGUACUUUCCAGUAACGAACGGCAUGCGCGUUAUCAUCAUGACAUAGCAUUCCCGACAGGAAAGUAACGAGCGCGGCGUUUUCAAGAAAGGAAAUGCAGGCAAGACAGAUGACGAUUAUUGUUGUGUGGCAAAUAUACACUCCAAAGGGUGUAAACUUUUCUUAGAGUGUAUUCCCGAAAAAGCUUUUAUAUCUCUGGCAGGGAACGUGGCGUAAUCCGAGGUGGCUGCCCACGCCAACAUUGUUACUUGACUAAGGAGGUGGUAUUUGCUAGCUGGUAGGAUUUUCUUUGCAGGAAUAGGACGUCGUAGCCAGGGUGGUCAAUCUUGCACUGUGCUCGCAAAAAAGGAUCUAGUGCAGGCUUGCCUGCUGCGAGUUGGAAUUGUAUGUUAGCAGCCACAUUCAAUGGACACUUCUACAAUAGUGCACAGCUGGUGGUGGCUUUACAUCACAGUGUGAGGAAGCUUGCUCAAGGGAUUUUGAGAGUCAUCCGUUGAGGCCCGUGUUUACGCACUCACACAUACACAUGCGAGCGUAGUUGUGGCUUGCACCUUCCAUUGGCAAGGUGCGUCAGUGUUUUGUUCGGAGAAAAUUUAGUUUCGACCCGGCUAUGAUGUUCUGUAAACUUUUGCAGCCGGUAGCACGCUGCUUGCGAAUGCUAAUUCUUGGAAAAGUGUGAUUGCAAUUAUGUUUCUUGUAUUUCUUUUUGCGUUGGCUUUCUCGAGAAGGCCAUACCUGUUUAUCGGCUUUCAUGUUUUGAGGGCCCAAGUUUGUGUGGCACAUUACACAUUUCACUACGCUCAUUGUAUUAAGUUAUAUAGCGCAAGGAAUCGGGAAUUAUGGUGAUCAAAUUGCCUGCGAAGAGCAGGAAAUCAAUCUGGUUUAUCCAGGACUGUAUGCUCACAGGACGAAAUUAUUCAGCAUUGACUUUUUUACAUAGUAAAGACAGAAUGAUGGUAGUGUUCAAAGGCAGGUAAAAGGCGCAGUGGACAACAAUGAUUCACAGGUUUCAGUGGUGAAAUUGACGUUUGUGUAGGUGCAGCUUGCACAGGGCAAUGGUAGUCUUGUGCCUGACAUAAUUUAACGAUUUGUUCUUAUCUAAUAAAUCCGGAGAACUUGCUCAUGUCUAGUGUUGAACAGCUGAGGCAACAAAAGUCUCUCGAGGUUACUUAAAACAGUUUCCAAUUCUUACUGUCAACUUUGACCUUUUAGUUAACUUCUAGCUGAUGCCUCGGGUGCUGAGUAGAAAGAAGUAAUGUUGUGGCUAGACUUACUUUUGGCAGCUGAUCAUGACAAGGACUGCUGUCUGUUAUUCAAGCACAUGUUUUUCGUAGUGCUCUUUCUUGAGUUGAAUGUUGUGGAAAACGUUUCCUCUUUCUAUUAACCUUCUUUUUUUUUUAGAUGUCUUGAAUGUUUUAGCAGAAUCACUGUGUUCCACGCUGCCUUCAGGCCGUUACAAAUGGUAGUUGGAAAUGGCCCACUAUAGGUUGAAGAUGUAAAUUAUGCUGAUAGUGUACACUCACAAAAAAAAGGAGCUUGUGUUUUUCAAUGUCUCUUUUGUAAAAAAAUAACACAUUGAUGCAUCGUCAUUGUUUGCCUUAAAUAUUACCUGACCAAGUUAUUGUUGAGCUGAUGGUUGUUUGUGCAGGGCAACAUGUAAUUUUCAUUCCUGUUUCUGUUAAGAAAUUUACGUACCUAUUGAUGCAGCUCGUGUGCACCUGUCCUGUAAGAAAAAAAGAACGCUAUCCUAAAACGUCUUUGCAGAGCCUGUAAAAAGUGGUUGCAGCACAUUUUGGUUCAGCUGCAGCAUUCUUACGAGAAUUUUGUGAUGCCGCUUAGGUACAUAGACUUGCAGUUCUUGACUCACAAGUAGGACCAGUUUGAAAUUGCCAGUUCCUCGACUGCGCAGUUUUAGUUCUGAGACUCUCCUUCAGUGCAGCCUUUGUUGUAAGUACGCGGACCACUGCACUAGUGACAAGAGUUAUUGGGAAGCUUUCCAAAUGGGUCGCUUGUGUCGAUCCCUAACACUAGGAAUUUCUGGAGGAUGAGGGCAAAGUCCUCUUCUACUUUUCAGGUGUUUGAGGUGCUGAUAGACCCCGCAUGUAAACCAAAGUUAGCGCUGGUACUUAGAAGGGUGACAGAAUGAGCUAGUUGAUAUUCCGUCUAGUUGCUGGAAUGCAUAACACGGGCAAGAGAACAGGACAGCGAUGAACACAGAGUAUGGUGUUUGUAUGUUGCCAGCCAGUCCACUGCUUCGCACUGUGCGCCCCUUCAGCUUAUUUAGUGCAGGUCACUCGCUGUAUAGCCUCUAGUCUUGGCAAGAGAGAUAUACAGUUGAGCCUCAUUGUAAGUCACACCUGACACGAAAAUAUCUUCGCUAUAUCCAAUAUUUGUUAUAUGCAUAUGUUUACUACCUACUGAUAAGAAAAAUUUUUACUUUGUUAUAUCUGAUAAUUCGUUAUAUCCGUGUUUGUUAUAACGAGAUUCGACUAUGUGCGAGUGCAAUUUUAUUGAGCCCACUGCUCUCGAGAUUUUAGGUUUUGCAAGUCAUGAUGGCACUGCAAGCUUCUUUUUUUCUUUUUUACCUUAAGUUUACUUGAGGAGGUAGCAUUAGAUGGUAGGGAAUAUAAGGAGAAAGGAAAGCAGCAUGGGGCAUUUUCCCCCUUUGCCUUCAAGACAAGUUUGUUUCAGCAGGUCCUGCUUUACUGAGGCUUAUAAUGAUGCAUGUUUACAAUGUGUUCCAUUAUGAAGGAGAAUGCCUAGUUGGCAGUCAAAAAAUGCCUACAGUAAGAAGUGCUGGUAGUGAUGUCACUUGGAGGUACCAGCAAUGCUGUCAUUGUCAUUGUGUGCACAAAAGUGUGCUCUCCAUUUUUCUUCGGCAUCAAAGUGAGGACAAUUAAGCCUCAAAAUGUCCCCCUUCAUUUUGGAACAUUUUGGUCUUCGAAGUCGAGGCUUCUGCAAGAACAGUACGACAAGGCUCUGCCUGGUUUGCCACUUUCGUGGUGUGCAAAAGUGUUUUCCCCUUGCCAAAGAUCAAUGCACAUUGCAUAUCCUUUAAAGCAAUGUGUUUACAGAAUGCAAUGGCUUGCUGAUGAAGUGGUUGCUCUCUUGAUUGUCCUGAUAGAAAUACGAGUUCUUAGGAGGAUGAAACUUAAGCUUUAUAAUUUGAAAAUGUUGUCAGCUGUAGUUAAGCUCAGUGGUUCUGAGGACUAGGGUCAGUCAAAUGAUGACUACAGUAAGCAUAGAAAUCAUACAGGUGUAUUGCACAAACAGCAAAUGAAAUCUCUUUAGUUAGAUUCUGGGAUAGAAUCGUGCUUAAUUUUCCUAAUUAAGUUGAUGAAAUGUACGGUUAUAUGGUGAACACAUAUAGGUAAUUUGAGCUGGUAAAAAAUUCGGUGCUUAUUGUUUUGUGUCAAGUGUGGUCUUGUGGCAACAUAGUAAAAAUAAGGUCGCCUUGCUUAUUCCUGAAAGCAAGCCCUGAUUUUUGUCUUUACGAAAUCCAUUGUUUCCUCCAAAGCCAUUGCAUCAAUGGCUUUGGUCAUACUUCUCACCUGCACCGAUUUUCCUGGUUUAUAUUUUGCACCUAAGAAGCGAUGCUAGUGGAGCCAUUGUGACAUUGCAGACUUCGAAAUAGUUGAGCCUCAAUAUAACGAAAUUGCAAUCUGUGCAAAGUUGUGUUCGUUAUAUCCAAUAUUCAUUAUGAAAGAAUGAAAAGUGGCACCAACAAAUUUACAGUCAGCACCGUGCAACAGAAUUACAGUCAUUAGUGAUUCAUUAUAUAAAACACUUCAUUGCAUCGAGGUUCGACUGUUGUAUUUUCUAGUGUACUGACUUUCUUUCAAGCAGGACACAUUCUUAAAACUUAUAAGAUCCAGUCCUUGCUAAGUUUAGCAGGUAACUCAACAUUCUUUUAUUAGAAGAUAAUUAGUUCCAAAAUGUCGCUGUUAGAGACUGUGGCAUCAUGAGAGCUAUUGCAAGCUUUUGUUUUUGCAUUGUUUCCAGCCUACCAAGCCUCUUAUUGCAAGACUGCUGUCUACCUCUCUAGGUUAAUUUUACAUGUCUCUUUUUGUGGCCCUUUUAUCUCUGAAGUGCGGUAGGGGGAGAGGGGGGGGAAGCCCUCAUAGCCGCACAAUGGUGGAGCAAGAUAAGCCUUAUUCUCAGGACUAUAAGCGCAACCGCGCACUGUGUGUUCCUUUCUUCUAUAAUAUAUAGUGUUUGUUACCCAGUGAUAUCGGCGAGAAAUUUUUUUAGAUUUACCUUGUUACAUUCAUAAUUCAUUAUAUUCAUGCUUGUUAUAUUGAGGUUCGACAAUGUAUUGGGAGUCUGAUUUUAUGGAGGUCACUGACCUUGGUUUUUUUAAGGCAGUGCAGGUUGCGGUCAGUAGACGUUCGCGAUAGUAGCAGUGGCUUCAUUGAAGGGCUGCCUUCUAUUGUUGCUUGUUUCAAACUUUUACAGUUUGACUGCAGCCACUGAAUGCUGAAGGUGCUGUUCCUAUGCAUUUGAGAGCUGUUUACAGUGCGAUGUUGUAUGCAGCAAAGUUUAUAUUUGCUGCAAAGUGGUUCAUGCUUGUCAUCACUUGGUUGUGCCACUUUUGUUUUCCACACUGGAGGAUUGGCCAUAUUUAAGGAGUCUUAAACUGGUACAGUUAUGGCGGCUUACCACGAGACUACAGUUUAUUUUGCCCUUGCGAAUUGUUCCCUGCAGUGCUGCAGCCAUCGAGCCUUGCUGUUCUUUUGUUAAAAUUCAUGUUCUCUCAGUCUUUCUAUCUUGAGAAUAAAUGCUUCAACUAAAGAGGC